AUGGCAAACCAAAUCCGCACACUCUCCCCUGCUACAAACAAAGUCAUUUUCGAGCACCCGGGGACGUCCCUCGAAGAAGCUCGAGCUAUUGCACAGGCCUCAGAAAAUGCCUUCCAGUCCUACAGGCAGCUCUCUCUUGCUGAGCGCAAGGCGAUCAUUGUCAAAGCAUUGAACAUAGUCGAUGCAAACAAAGAAACCCUUGCCAAUGAGCUCACAGCUCAAAUGGGCCGCCCUAUCGCCUACUGCACAAAGGAGAUUGACACUAUGCGCAAACGCGCAGAAUACCUUCUCAGUAUUGCAGACGACAGCCUGAAGAAUCUUCCCGGGCAGGCAGAGAGCGGUUUCAGACGGUUCCUGAAGAAAGAACCCCUUGGCGUCACGUUGAUUUCAACUGCGUGGAAUUAUCCGUAUCUGAUCACAGUGAACACUCUUUUACCGGCCCUCCUCGCCGGAAACACGGUUCUUCUCCGCCCAUCUCCCCAAACUCCCCUCCUCGGUGAACGGCUCGUAUCAUACUUCAAUGAAGCUGGGCUACCCACUAACGUCCUCCAACUCCUCCACGUCGGCUCACUCGACGUCCUUGACGAAAUAGUCAAGCUCCCCCAGAUCAAGCUAGUUUCCUUCACCGGCUCUACGGCUGGUGGCAUCCGCCUGCGCGAAGCAACAGCUCGCCGCGUCGUUCCUGUGAAUCUCGAGCUAGGAGGCAAUGACCCUACAUACGUCAGACCAGAUGCAGAUAUAGCCUACGUCGCUGCACAGGUUGUCGACGGGGCCGUCUUCAACUCAGGACAGAGCUGUUGCUCAAUUGAACGUGUUUACGUUCACGCCGAUAUCUACGAUAACUUCAUUACUGAAGUACAGAAGGAAUUGAGCACAUACAAGCUCGGCGACCCCACCGACAAAAACACCACAACCGGGCCGGUAAUCUCCAAGCAGGCUCUGAAGAACAUCCAGUCCCACAUCGACGAUGCAUUAUCUAAAGGUGCUAUUGACUCAACCCCUGCCAAUGCUACAUUUACUUCUUUGCCCGCCGAAGGGAACUUCAUUGCUCCUAAGCUCCUUACUAAUGUCACGCAUGACAUGGUCACCAUGCGCGAAGAGACCUUCGGUCCUGUUAUCCCUGUCAUGAAAGUUUCUUCUGAUGAAGAGGCCGUCGCGCUCAUGAACGACAGUGAUUACGGUCUUACUGCUAGUGUAUGGACGAAGGAUAUCAAGGCGGGUGAGGCUUUGAUUGAGAAGAUUGAUGCGGGUACUGUGUAUAUCAAUCGGUGUGAUUACCCGAGUCCGGACCUGGCCUGGAUUGGGUGGAAGAACUCUGGUCUUGGAUGCACAUUGGGACCACACGCGUUUGACGGGUUUUAUAAGUUGAAGAGCUUCCAUAUCAAGGAGGAGCAGGCUUAG